UGCCGGGUGCUAGUAUAUAAAGAUUUUUUUUAUCUCUCUAAUAAUUUUAACUCCUUACCAAUAGUUGUUCGGCCACGCUAACGAAGUUGCGGGCAUCAGCUAGUAUUUGAUAAGUAAAUAUGAAAUUUAAAAAGAUUACAAGAAUAUUUUUACGGGCCUACUAGAUUUCAUAAGUCAAUUUAUUUUCUAUACUGAUAUUUUUAUGCACUAUUUUACAAUAAUUAUUAUUAUCAAAUUUAAAUGGGACCGAUGAGAUGGCGAUCAUAAAUGGUCUGAUAGGAGACUUCGGAAAGUAUCAUUUGUGGCUGUGUUUCAUUAUAUUUCCAAAUAAGCUUGGAGCAGCAUUCCAUCAAAUGUCCAUUAUUUUCCUGGCUCCGCCGCCCGUGUAUUACUGUCCAAAUAAUAAGUCAUGUUGUGAUGAACCAGUAUAUGACAAAAGUCAAUACAAAAGGACUAUUGUGAUGGAGUGGAACCUCAUUUGUGGGAACGCUUGGCUGAAAGAUCUGACUCAAAUGGCCUUCCAGUUCGGUGUAUUAAGUGGAAGUUUGUUGUUUGGAAUUGCAUCUGAUAAGUAUGGGAGGCGCCCUGCAUUAAUAGUAUCCAUUGUUUUGGAAGUAUUUAGUGGGAUUGUAACAAGUUUUCUCCCUGAUUUUUGGAGUUUCACCAUCGUGAGAAUGUUCUUGGGCGCAUCUGUUGGCGGCGUCAUGGUGGUAGGAUUUGUCAUAGUGAUGGAGUACGUCGGCAAAUGCCGGGAUAUGGUGGCCGCAGCUUACCAUGUACCCUUCACUGUCGGUUACAUGCUUCUAGCUUUAUUCGGAUAUUACAUUAGAGAUUACGUCAUCCUUCAAUUGAGUAUAUCUCUAGUAAAUAUCGUUUUAUUAGUAUACAUUUGUAUAUUACCGGAAUCUCCUAGGUGGUUAUUAGCAAAACAGAAGACAACUGCAGCUAUACAGUUAUUGGAGCACGUUGCAAAAAUAAAUAAUAAACCUGUAGACGAGAUUGCUUUAAAAGUUGAGUUAUAUCAGCUUGAGCAUAUUAGACAAAAACGUGGAUCAUUCAUUGAUUUAUUCAGAACACCAAACUUAAGGAAGAAUAUUUUGGUCAUGUCGUUUACGUGGCUCGUGUGUAGUUACUGCUUCUACGGCGUCACUUACUACAUCAGUCAUUUAGCCGGGGAUGUUUAUGUCAACGUUAUUGCAAGUGGAACUGUCAUAUUCAUGAGCUGUUUCAUUGCAAUGCCUUUGAUAAAAUUUAUGAAAAGAAGGACUUUGCUCGUGAUGUCACACGUCUUAAGCGGUUUUUGCUUGUUAACUAUAGCUGUAAUGCCUGUUGGCCGCAUAUCAGUUGGCUUUGGCUGCCUUGGCCUUUUAUUCACACAAAUGGUCUUCAUAAUUAGUUAUUUGUAUUGCUCGGAGAUGUUUCCUACAGUAGUUCAUAACGCCGCUGUUGGUAUAUGCUCUAUGAUGGCGCGUUUGGGAUCAAUGUUGGCGCCUUUUGUUGCGGAUUUCGGAGAAUUUGGGGAAUGGUGUCCUCCUGUUGCAUUUGGAAUCAUGCCCAUAAUAGCUGCAGCGCUAGGUUUAUUGUUACCGGAAACAAAAGACUGUCAAUUAAUGUUGACAAUAGAAGAAGGUGAAGCAUUUGGUAGAAAUCAAUCGUCACGGAGAACAGAAAACAAUGCAUCUAUUGGAAUAACUUAG